AACGAUUUCUAUCGUUGCCAAAAUUCUCCGGUAAAUUGAGGAUGUACUUGGGUGCUGGAUUUUUUCCACCCAAUUCUACACACAAUCUGACCAGUGCAGCGGUUGGUAGCAACAGCUCCACCCUUGAGUAACCAGUGAAGCAGCAAGGUGCAGGUAGCAGUUCGAAGCGAAUGAAAGUAGCCACUUGUGGCGGGGAAGCUGAUGCGGUGAAGGGAGCGGCAGCAGGUCAGCAUUUGAGUUGCCUCUUUCUCCUCGGUUUUCUGGAUCCAUCGGUUCUGCGCUGAGGACACUCUCGGGAGAGCGGCAAGGUGCUUACUGCAGUGUAUUCACAAUGGGCAAUGCAGUAUCACAUGAGGCUUUGAAUGACUCUGAGACGGAACCUUCAGCAUUGAAACAAGCCAAGGCUCAACCCAAUGCUGAGAUUAUUCAGAAUGGUCCAACUCAGCAAAAUGCAGUUCAAGAUAAGAGUGAAACUGAUAUCUGGAGAUUUGAUUACUUGAUGAGGAAAUUGCAUUUAAAAUCAAGAAAUGGCAAAGCAGCAGAUAUUGAACAGGACCUUGAGACAUUCACAUCACAGAAAACAAUGGAGAUGAGCCCCAGCACUAAUGCAGAGGAAAAAGAACCGGAGAAAUCUGCCAAGACUGGUUUGAAAUCUAGAUUUUCCUUCUCAUUUGCUCGCUCUGUACCAGGGCGUACUGAUGACCCUUCUACAGAGCCAAAAUCGGAAACAGCUAAGCUCCAGACCAAUCAAAAGACCUUCUCAGUGAACACAGCACCCAUUGAUAAAAUGAAUCUUCAACAAUCCUCCCCACAAAAGGGAGGUUCUACUCAAAAGCAACAGCAGCCCUCUACUGAUGUCACAGAACCUGCUGAAAAAGAAACAGAACAACCAAAGCAAAAAGAAGUAAGCUUUUUUGACAAACUUUUCAAACAAGGCGAUAAAAGCAAACCACAGAAUGGGCACCAGGGAGAUCUAAAGACUGCUGGAAGUCAGGACCUAACAGCAGCCGAUAAAGAAGCUACCGAACUAAUACACAGACUGGAUAACGUGCAUCAGUACUUGGAAACUGGUGACGGUACCAAGGAUUAUAUGACAUCAUCCAAUGGUGAUAACAUAUCUCAAAAUCCAGCAUCUGCCAAAUCAUCUGAGAACGAUUCUGAGAAGGAACAUAAAGCAGGGACGUCUGCAGACGAUAAUUCUGUCAUGAAUUUCUUUAAAACACUUGUGACCCCAACAAAGUCCUCUACCAAGACAGAGCUUGACUCACAUCAGGCACCAGAUGAAAAGAAAAAAGUAAAUGGUGAACACAAAGAACCAUCAGCCAAAGCACACAAAUUAGAACAACAGGAGGUAUCCAAGACAAAAGAUACAGAUUCCUCUGAAAGACCAAAAUCAGAAAAGACACCAAUGCAAAGCCCAUUUGGAAAAUUGUUUAAGCAAAAAACUGUCAAGGAACCACAGUUUGAACAAGAAAACGUGACUAGUACUCCUGAUGUGAAAGCAGAAAAAGGCAUGUCACAACCACAGAAACAGAUUUCAAAACAGGGAAGUAAAGAUUCUGAAGUUGCACAGCAAGUUAAGUCUGAAGAAGAAGUUAAACCUGCCAAGAAGGGCUUCCUGAAUUUCUUCAAACAGACGGAAUCAGGCCUGACAGAUGACCCUGCAAAGAAGGAACUCGAAAUAGGAGAAAAUUCAGUGCAACCACCAAAAAAGGCCAAAGACAAUUCAAAACAGAAAAAGUCAGUCUCAGAGGGCAAUCAAGAAGAAACUCGGAGAACAAAAUCUUUGGAAGCCCUUCCUCCCACACAGCAACCAAACACCAUUUCAGAGCCAAUACCAAAUGGCAGUAAUAAUAAAACCAAAGAAACUACUGAGAAGAGACCGGAAAAGAAACAAUCAUUUGGGAUGUUCCUAAAACAGUUGGGAGGGAAGAAGACAGCAGAUGCUGCUGUGCAAACAGAUCCUGUUGUUAUCCAUCCUGCAGGGAAGGCAAAGUGAUACCGUGUCUGCAGCAGCACCGCCCCACCCCCAGGAAGCUUGGCAACAUGCUGUACUACUUGGUGAAAUCACAUACCGUACACAUCUCUGACUGUCCCUUUUGUAUCUGUUAGCACUCAGGCCAUGCCUGAGAACAUCAUCCUAAUUGUAGUUCCAGUUAAUUGAUUAAGGAACUUGCAGCAAAUAUCUGAACUUUUUACCUUACAUUGAUAGAUUUAAACUACAUCAUUUUCUAGGUGUUAGAUAAUUUUGGAAAUGCAUAUAUUCACUAAUGGUAUUGGCAAUUACUUUUUAAUUAUUUUUAUAAUAACAUCAGUUACAUUACCGGACAGCAUGCUGCUUUAACUAUUUUUCAAGGCACUUGUGCUUCAUAAGGUUGAAAUACCAUCACAAAUCAGCAAUAUUAAGCUAAAGUAAUUCAUCACUAUUGUCAUCAACUUGUUACCUUGGAACACCCAAUGAAGUAGAAAAAUAAAUUGCUGGGGGAGCUCAGCAGGUCAAGCAGCAACUGUGGAGGAAAGGGAUGGUCAAUGUUUUGGGUCAGGACCCUGCAUCUACAGAGAAUAUAGAGGGAAGAUAGCCAGUAUACAGAAGAGAGGGAGGGGUGAGACAGAGGCUGGGAAAUGAUCGGUGGAACCAGAUGAGGGUGGGGAUGAUGGGCUGUUGGAGCCAGAUGAGGAGGGUGAGAGGGGAGUGUAGAAUCAGAGGCUGGUAGGUGAUAGGUGGAAGUACUCCCCUCCCCUACUGGUUUCCAUCUGCCUAAUCUCCCCCAAUCUUCUUCCCCAAUCAUCUGUUUCCACCUAUCACCCACCAGCCUCUGUCUGUACACUCCCCCCCCUCCCCCAGCUGGCUCCAUCCGCCCAGCACCACCCCACCACAUUCAUUUGGUUCCCUAUCACCUACCAGCCUCUGUUUCACCCCUCCCUCUCACUUCUACCCUCUACACUCUCUGUCCUUAUGCAGGGUCUCGACCUGAAAAGUUGACCAUCCCCUUUGCCUCCACAGAUGCUGCCUGAGUUCUUCCAGUGCUUUAUUUUUUGCUUCAGCCUCUUGUGUCUCCACAUCCAGUGAUGUGGUGCAUUAUAAUGCAGUGAAUGUAAAACAUUUCACAUCUUUUGUCAUUAAUGACCUUAAUAGUGGCUGACAGACAAGCUUCAGAGAAUUCAACUCAAGUCAGUAGUGGGAUGCAAAGUAGCUAAGUCAGUACUUUGUGAUCUGCCUCCAAAAUUCAUUCCACUGAAAUUCAGUCCAUAUUUAGUAUUACCAACUUGGGAUAAAUUUCUGUGCAAUUAUGCAUGUGUUGCAUAUAUUAGCAAUAAAUACUAUGUACCAGGUUUGUGAUUAGAUUUGGGAUUACAUUAAGUCUUAACAUUGUUAUAUUAAAUCUUGUUAAAAACUUAAUUGAAUGAAUGCUCUUAAAAAUGCUUAACCAUUACCACAGUAUAACCAAGGUGGAAGAAACAUCAUUUAGGCUGUGUCUGUACACCAGGGGGCAACAAAACCUUAAUUUGAAGGAAAGAGCUUUUGGUUAGUUUUCGCACUUUUAUUUUUGGUGGAUUUUAUUUCAAAUGAUCUCAAAACAGACACACGUUGGCAUGAUGAUAAAAAAUAAUUAUUUCUGAUACUUUAAGUGUCAAAAGUUGAAGUUCCCCAGGAAUAUUUUGAGAAUAGCUCAGUGCUUUGUACAUUGAAAUUUAUUGUAUAAUUUGACCAAUUAAAUUAGAUGACACAUUAGCAGUAAAAAAAUUAAAAUAAAUUAAAUGAAUAAUUAUUUUAUGCUUUAAUAUUCAUAGCUAACAAAACUAUCUUUGAUUAGUUUCUGGCAAUAGGAGUUGAAAGUUAAAACCAGAAAAAAUGUUAUUUUACUGUAAAAUAAUUAUGCUAUAAAGCUUUCAUCAUGUGUUAAUUAUGCUAUUAAAACAUGCAGAGAACUAGGAAUUGUCGCCAACUCAUUACGAACUGUUUUUCCUUUGGGCACUUCCUUUAAGGCUGUGUGCUUACAUUCUUUCUGAUUCAUUUGUACACAAUUCAUUAUUAUUUAGAGCAAUUAAAAUUAUUUUUACUGUUCAAAA